GAUGGCGGCUGCCGGGGGAGAGCCUUCCUCUCACUGCGUCUCAGAUGAUUUAUUUCAAAGCUUCUACACGGAGGUGAAGCAGAUUGAGAAGAGAGACUCUGUGCUAACCUCCAAGCAGCAGAUAGACAGACUGCUCAGGCCUGGCUCAUCCUACUUUAAUCUCAACCCAUUUGAGGUGCUUCAGAUUGAUCCUGAUGCAACAGAUGACGAAUUGAAGAAAAGAUUUAGGGCGUUAUCCAUUUUGGUCCAUCCAGACAAAAAUCAGGAUGACCAAGAAAGAGCACAGAAAGCUUUUGAAGCUGUGGACAAGGCAUACAAACUGUUACUGGAACCGGAACAGAAGAAAAGAGCUUUAGACGUGAUUCAAGCAGGAAAGGAAUAUAUUGAGCAUAUGGUAAAGGAGAAAAAGAAACAGUUGAAGAAAGAAGGGAAGUCAUUGGAUGUGGAGGAGGAUGACCCAGAAGUGUUCAAGCAAGCAGUGUACAAACAGACCAUGAAGUUGUUUGCAGAGCUAGCAAUCAAGAGGAAGGAAAGGGAAGCAAAGGAAAUGCAUGAAAGGAAAAGGGCAAGAGAGGAAGAAAUUGAGGCAGCAGAGAAAGCAAAGCGAGAGAGAGAAUGGCAGAAAAACUUUGAGGAAACAAGAGACGGGCGUGUGGACAGCUGGAGGAGCUUCCAGGCUAAAGGCAAAACUAAAGAAAAGAAGAACAGGUCCUUCCUCAAGCCCCCCAAAGUAAAGAUGGAACAGAGGGAAUGAUGCUGUUAAAAUCGGACUUCACUAGAUUACCCUCCCCUCCCGUUCUGUGUACCCCCCUCCCAUCCACCCACCAUCCCUUUGUCGUCUCCAGUCAGCUGUGUAGUCGCCCUCACGCAGUCAUCAGGAUACACGUCGUACGGCAACUUCUUCAUCCUGACCAACGUAGUUUUGUACUUGGUUUUCUAAUGUACAUAUUCGUGAUCUGGACCCUGAGAUCAUAACCUGCCUCAUGUCAGAAAGAGAAAUGAUGCAUCUUCCACUUAUGUAACUGACCAAAAGAGAAAAAGAAAAUGUGGUUGGUCAUUAAGUUUGCUUUUUGUUCUUUAUUUUUUAAAUACAAAAUAAAGCUUGAUGUUAACAAGCCUACCUUACAGUGUGGAGUAGAUAUGUCGUCAGAUUAGUGCACACGAGAUAUUUCUGGAGAGGUCGUCACCUCACAGAAACAUCUGCUGCAGAUGUUUUUGUACUCUACAGUAUUACAUGCCCUC